AUGACCAUAAUUGGGAGUCGCUACAAGUUACGUCGUCUAGUCGGAGAUGAAAAAUCGGUGACAGCUGUAGCUGUGUGCGGCACAAACAUCGCUCUCAGCAUUCUGUGUAACACACACACUUCAGCUCGCUUUGCUUUGUUUCCAGAGGCGUUUUAUUCUCGAGUUUCAAAGCUGAGAGAAGAACUGGAGGAUCUAAAGAUAUGGGGCUCACCAUCCUACAACACAACAAUCUCCAGGAGUGGAGUGGCCACUACUCCUCUUUCAAACAGGCUAGGCGACGGAGGGCCGCAACUCCGGGGCGAGGUCACGACGGCGUCCUUGGGGACCACUCCCGGGGGAACGACCCCCGCGGCGACGACCCCGGCGGGAACCACGCCCGAGUCGGAGAGAGAUGCUGAGUUCCAGGAGCAUGAAAAGAUUCUGUCUCCAGAUUUUCUUUCAGUUGCUCAAAUCACUGAAAUGCUAGCAGAGGACGUGGAUGGAGUUCAACAAAAACUGAAAAAAAUUUUGAAUUUCAAAAACCUUCACACCUGUUUAAAGGAAGCCAUUCUACUAGAUUAUUAUGUAUCUGGAUUUUUGUGGGCUAGAGGAAUGGACUUUUCUGUUAUUCAAUAUAUAAAAUUUAUGACUUUACUAGAUAUGUUACUUCAUAAUCUUAGAACACUGCAUAUGUCCUUGGAAGACAACAUAAAAUGGCUUGGAGAAGUUAUGGCUGAAAUAGGACCAUCUCAUUCACAGAAAAAUGAGGAAUGGAGUAUCUUUAAUAUAAAACAAGCUAAUGCUGUCAUCGAUUACUUAAAAAUAAGCUUAUUUCAACACUACAAGCUAUAUGAGUUUCUAUUCUACUCUACCAGGGAAGAAAUUGUGAUAGGAACUAAGCAAGUGAUAGAGGUUGUCAAGCCUUCAGGUGGCCUCUUCCCAGAUCCUCUAGAAGAAGGAAUCUCGUUCGAUCUUUAUUCAACAUUCAUAGAGCCACCCCCAAUAUUGGAUACAGAAAUGAAGAGAUUGGAUCAAAAACAAGUCCCUGAGGAAUCCCAGUCAGAACCCAACACCUCCGAUGUGGAUCCUUUAGUGGGUUUCACCAUCGAAGAUAUAAAAUCAGUACUGGAUCAAGUCACAGAUGAUAUUUUAAUCGGCAUUCAGACCGAGAUAAACGAAAAGCUGCAAAUACAGGAAGAGGCUUUUAAUGCACGAAUAGAAAAAUUGAAAAAGGCCUGAGGACUCAGUACCAGGAGAGUGAUGCUAAACUUCACAGAAACAAACACAACCAGCAGGCCCAGGAGACUCUCUAAGAGCCCCAGAUCUCCUUCAUUUCACUGGGAGAGAAAAACCAAGCCCUCCUUUUUAUUAUCCUAAGUAAUUAGAAAAGUACUGGCCCCCAUUUUGCUAUCUCCUGUCCUAUAACACCCUCUGAAUUUAUGGCACAAAGUGUAAUAAGAACAUUUUGUAUACAAGAGUUUGGAGAAUUAUAUAUAAAAAUAACAAUCACUUUUACGAUACUCCUUUGACGUUUUGACUAAUAAAUGCUAUUCUUCUUCAGGGAGACUGAAGCCAACUUUUUUAAAUAAGGAAAAAAAUAAUAAUUUUAUCCAUAUUGACCCAGUGAGCUGCCACAUUACUCUAGCCCUGUGAACAGAUACCACACUGCCAAGGAUAAAACUUGCUAAACAAUAGCAAUUAAAAUGCAUAUACUAUGGGGGUUUUUUCCCCCUUAAAUCAUUUGGUUUUCUUAUUUAAACGUUUCAGUGUGAAACCAAUUUUCUGAAAUUAUAUAAUGCAGUUUGAAGCACUUUAAUUUAUUCUGUACUGUAUUUGUUAUUUCUAAUCUUGUUAUUCUCCCAGGAGAAUACAUGACCUAUAUAAAAAGAAGCAAUGUAUAAAUGGUUAUUAAAGACCAACCUAUAUAUAGAUUGUAAAAAUCUUAAAUACAAAUCAAACUCACAGAGUUCUUAAAAUUAACCAUUAUAUCGCAGUAGAAUGAUUGAAAACAUCUCAAGCCUUUAAAUACCUUUAUUAAACUAUGAUUUUAAAAGAAAAAUAUCCAUUUGCCAACUGAUUGUUUCAGGUUGGAUAAAUUAAUUACUGGCAAGGUCCUUUCCAAAUUUCUUAGACUUCAGAGUAUUUGAGAAUGGAGAGCGUUACUAGGAAGAGAGAGUUCCUUCAAGAAGUUUCCAGUUUAUACUGGAACCAGAGGUACUUGCAUCUGGGUGGCACUUGGUCAAACAUGUUCUGUGCUCUAACUUUGGGCUAAACCAGUAUCAAAGAGGUUGCCCAGAAUAUUCAUUUGAGGUAGAGACAGAUCUGAAAGCAUUUGGUUAAGUUUCUAACCAUACUGACCAGCAAAUUAAGAGUAGUCCCUAAGAUCAAACCAUGUUUAUUGUUCAUUCGGUCCCAAGUCUGGAAGGCCUGGAGAUGUGCUGAGCUGUGUUUCUUCCUUGACCUGUCCUUCCUAAUCGAAAAUGUUGAAGGCCAUAGGAGAUCAAUAGGAGGGCUCACAAGGCUUGAUUCUGUCAAGUAGUCUAUUCUCCAGGGAAAACAGAGGUAAAAUUAGAGAACCACAAACAAGAAAUAAAGGCGCAUCUAGAAAUCACCAAGCAUGGCUUCAAAUGCAAUCAUUGGUGCAGAGUGGACUUGCAUUUUUAAUAUAGUGCUUAUUUUGAGCAAGAGUGACAGCAGUCUAAAACUGAAUAAACAGUAGCAGUAAGAUCCCUAAAAACUACACAGAUAACUAUAAGCAUGCCUUUGGAAAAGACUGACUUCCCACCACUGGCUGCUGCAUGACUUUGGACAAGCUCUGCAACCUCUGUUUGCUCAUUUAUUAAAUGGGGA